GGGCGGCGCGCAUGCGCAGUGGGGUCGCGAGGGCGGUGCGCAGGCGCAGGAAAGGGGCGGGAAGGCGGCGCGCAUGCGCAGUGCGCGAUCGCCGCUCCCCCUCCGCGCUGAGGAGGCGCCGCCAUUUUGUGAGGCCGCCGCCGCCGCCAGCGCAAUGCGUCCCGGCAUCAAACUCUUCGUGGGCAAUGUCCCCGAGGAGGCGACGGCGGAAGAGCUGAGCGAACUGUUCUCCGGGGUUGCCGGCCCGGUGCUCGGCAUCGCCCUGAUGAAACAGUUCGCUUUCGUUCACCUCCGGGACGAAGCGGCGGCGGCCCGCGCCAUCACGCAGCUCAACGGGCAUCAGCUGCACGGCCGCCGCAUCGUGGUGGAGCCGUCCCGGCCGCGGCCCACCAACACCUGCAAGAUUUUUGUCGGCAACGUCUCGGCCGCCUGCACCAGCGGCGAGCUGCGGUCGCUAUUCCAGCAAUACGGCACCGUCGUGGAGUGCGAUGUGGUCAAAGACUAUGCAUUUGUUCACAUGGAGAACGAAGCAGAUGCAAAAGUUGCCAUCGAAAAUCUUAAUGGGAAGGAGGUGAAAGGAAGAAGAGUCAAUGUGGAGCUCUCGACCAAUGUGCAGAAAAAGGGAGCGGGUCUGGCCGUGCCGGCCGGCGUCGUGGUGGACAAGAACAAGCGGAUAGGCCUGGAGUACAGGGAGAAGUUCCAGCCCAAGAUUGAGGGCUUCGAGCAGCGCCGGCUCGCGGACUCCGCCUUCCCCUCCGCCGCCGCCGGCUACGCCGCCGCCUCCUCCUCCUCCCUGUACGAUUACCAGCAGCGCUUCGGCACGGCCGCCAAGUACGACGGCUUUGACGCGCAGCCCCGGCCCUCAUCCCCCACCUACUUCGGCCGUGACCGCAGCCCCCUGCGGCGCUCCCCGAGCCGGGCCGGCUACUCGGCGGCCACGCUCCCGGUGACGGCACAGCCGGCUGCCUACCGUGCCCAGCCCUCGGCCUCGCUGGGGGCUGCCUACCGUGCGCAGCCCUCGGCCUCUCUGGGUGUCGCGUACCGCCCUCAGCCCACCACCGGUCAGGCCGCCGCCUACCGCGCGCAGCCCUCAGCCUCGCUGGGUGCCGCGUACCGCUCACAGGCCGCCGUCUCCCUGGGCGCCUCGCAGCCCGCCGCCGGCUCCCUCGCUUCCUAUGGCGCCCAGCCCACCGCCGCCUCCUAUGGUGCGCAGCCCGCCGCCUCCCAGCUCUCCGGCUACGGCCUGCAGUCCUCGGCCCUCGCCUCCUCCUAUGGGGCGCAGGCUGCCUCUGGCUACUCUGCCGCUUAUGGCGCCCAGGCUGCUGCUGCCUACAGUGUGCAGGCCGCUGCUGGCCCCACUGCCUCCUACAGCGUGCAGUCGGUAGCCACGCACGUGGCCUCCUACAGCGCGCAGCCCACCGGCUAUGGUGUGCAGCCCGUUGAUGGCCACGCCGCCUCCUACGGCGCUCAGCCUGGCGCCGCGCUCCCCGCCUCCUAUGGUGCCCAGCCGGUGGCGGCUCACGCCGGCUCCUACGGCGCGCAGCCGGUAGCUGGCCAUGCCACCGCCUAUGGUGCCCAGCCGGUGGCUGGCCACUCAGCCUCCUACGGCACCCAGCCGGUGGCUGCCGCGCUCUCGGCCUCCUACGGUGCGCAGCCGACCGCUGGCCACUCGGCGUCCUACGGCGCUCAGCCCGCCGCCAACCUGCCCGCCUCCUACGGCAGCCAGGCCGCCGCACUCUCCGCCACCUAUGGCGCACCGGCGGCAUCCUCGCUGGCCGCCUCCUACGGCAGCCAGGCUGCCGCCGCCUCCUACAAGGCACAGGCUUCCGUCCCGCUGACGGCAGCCUACCGAGCCCAGGCCUCCAACUCGAUGGCGGCCUCCUACCCGGCGCAGCAGGCCUCCUCCGCGUCGCUGGUGGCCGCCUACAGAGCCCAGCCGGGCAGCGCCUACGACGGGCCGAGCCAGCUGGGGCAGCAGGCUGCCUCCUACCUGGGCCUCUCGCAGGCUGCCACCGCCGCCGUCGCACCGCCCUACGAGCGCACCCGCCUCUCCCCGCCUCGCAGCGCCGGCUAUGAUGAUCCGUACAAAAAAUCCUCCACUCUGGCAAAAAGGUACAAUUCAGACCGCCGUCUCUCUGAGCUCUCAGAUUACCGCCGCUUAGCGGACUCUCCGCUCGCGUACCGCCGCUCACCAACAAAGUCCCCGAUGGAUUAUCGCCGCCUGCCAGAAGCGCACGCUGAUUACGCCCGCUACUCAGGCGCCUAUGGCGAUUACCUGCCCGCGGCCCGCGUGCACUCGGGCUACCAGCGCCGCCUGUAGCGUGCCCUGAGUCGCCCCCCGUCCUGCGCCGGACCCUCCCCCCCUUCUUGCGGCCCCCCCCGAGGGCACAGGUGGUGGUUUUGGGGUAUUUUUUUUAGCCACCUUUUUGUUGACUUGAGUUUUUAGAAGGUUUUGCGUUCACGGUUUGAACAGCUCCCGCGGUGUGACGGGAGGAGCGCGGUCGCAGUCUGCCUGUAGCGCCGCGACGCCACACUUUGGCUGUUGGCACCGCGCAGCUCCGUUUGCAGCCCAAACCAUCGGCGCCACACACGGCCCCUCCGUUCCCCCAACACCUUCUUAGCGUUGCGUUCAAUCCAGGCACCGUGUAGGACUCGACCCUGCAGCGCCAAGUGACGUUUUGUAUGACUGUAAAUAAACCGCUGGGCUGUUCUCAGUUUAGAAA